GCAUAAAUCCCGCUUGGCCACCUCCGUUUCCGCGCACUUCGCUCUCUCCCCUUCGCAGCUGCCUGAGCCGGAGGGGGGGGGACCCGCGAGGCAGCCUGCUAAGCCCCUCCCUCACAGGACGCGCGUCGGCCGCUGCGCGUCAGGCAGCCCUUUCCCACAACCCACGGGACCGGCGCCAGCGUUAGGACCGGGUGGGCAGCCACCACGUCCCGCUUCUCCUGCCCGAACCCCGGCCAUGUUUCCGAACAGGAAAAAGGGGACUUUUUAGUUGCAGCUGGUUGUUGUUGUUGUUUUAAAAAUGGUUUUGUUCGGUUUUGUAGGGAAUGCAAAACACAGGUGGCAGUCUAAAAAAACCGAAAAAUAAGAGUCUUGACAGGCAGAGCUGUUUGACAGUAUAAACUCUCUCGGAAGGUGGUGGCCUCCUUUCCUUGGAGGUUUCUGAGCAGAGCUUGGCUGGCCACUUGUCAGGGAUGAUCUAGUUGCGAUUCCUGCUUCGCAGGAGGUUGGACUAGACUAGAGGACCCCCGGAGCCCCUUCCAGCUCUACAAUUCCACUAUUCUUGGAAGAUUCUUUUUUAUUAGCGAGUAAUAAAAUCUCACCAAAACAGCAUUGAAAUGUAAUGGCUCUUUCGGGUCUCCAUGCUUUUCCAUUAUGGAAACAGCUGUGUCUGUUGUUAAGCAACAGGGAGUGUCAAUUCACUGCACAUUCUAACAAUGCCAGAAGGGCCCUCUUUUCCCAUCCAGUCCAGCAUCCAUUUCUCACACUAGCCAGCCAGAUACUUAUUGGAGGCCAGCAAGCAUAGCCCAUCCACUUAUGAACCCCAAUAACUCGCAUUCAGAGGCUGGAGUGUCGGACGAGGACCUGGGAGAUCAGGGUUCAAAUCCCCACUCGAUCAUGUAGCUCACUGGGUGACCUGGGGCCAGUCACAGCCUCUUAACCUCUACCUCACAGGGUCACUGCGGGAUGUGUGUGUGUCUGUGUGUGUGAACCAUGUCCUUGGAGAAAAAGGUGGGAUUUAAUGCAAAAAAUAAGCUCCUCUGCUUACCUGCUUACUUUCUAAAAGCCAGCCGGAGAUGGGGAUGUCAGUUGCCAACCUGGCACCCAGAGAUCUCCACACGGUUGCUAUUGGACCUGUGCCAGCUGGAAAAUGCGCCUGACUAAUUUCUAACACUGGAGGCAAAAAUAACCUGGAUACAGUGAUCCAUGCUUUGGUGACUCCAGAUUAGAUUACUGUAAUAUGCUUUACAUGGACUGCCCUUUAAAACUGUUUAGAAACUGCACCUAGUAUAGAAUGCAGCAAGAGUAUUGGCUGACUUGUCUAGCUGAGCUUAUAUAACACCAGUUCUGAAAAUCCUGCACUGUCUGCCUGUAAGCUACUCAGGGUCCUAAUGCUAAUUUAGAAGGAGUCAAAUGACUUGGCACACAGUUACUUGAAGGGAUGCCUUUCCUGCUGUCAUUGUGCCCAUAUGUUAAGAUCUGCUGUGGAUGCCUUUCUUCUCCAUUGCUGAGUGAGGCAUGUACAGUACCUUGAAACUCACAAAAGGACUUCGAUGGGUUUGGAAUUCCCUGUCUCUGGAAAUCUACCUGGUGCCAACACAGGCACUACUGUAUUUUUGAUGUUGGCAUUCGCCUAUCUCGGGAGGAGUGUGCCUUGGGGAGAAGUCAAACCAUUGGGGUGUUACAGCACCUGCUGUUAGUCCGCUGACUUUAGUAGGAAAGAGAAGAACCUAUACGGUAAUUUUUAAAAAUGGUUUUUCUAGAAUUGUUCAUUUGAGUUUAGAUGGGAUGGGUACUGCGCUGGAAUCCCAGUUGAUUGAAGAUGAUGCAACAGUGUUUUGGAGGCAGAUGGAAGAUAGCCGGGUGGACUUGAUAUUUGAGCAAAUGCAGAAGGUACUUUGGUCUCUAAAGCAGAAGAUCAAGGACAGAACUGCAACACAGGAAGAGUACUGCCAAGCUUUGGCAUUUGUGAAUCAAGUGGAUAUGACUAACCUCCUGCCUCUGACAAAUGUAAAUAAUGCUGUUGCUGAAGAAGAUACACAGAAAUUUGAGCCUGGUUUACAUCCUUCUGCCUCAAGUGAAAUUAUAGAAAAUCCUGGAGAUGAUUUUUCUUUAAGAAUGGAGAUAAAGGAGGCGAUACAUUCAAGGAGUAAAGGCGAACUUGCAGAAGUGUCUUCAAAAUUCCCCUAUGAGGAUCAUGUCUGCUCUAAAGAAUGUCUUGCCAAAAGGCCAUGGAAUUCAUACAAGGAUGAAAACCCUCUUAAUCGGCCAAUGCUGUGUCGCUUCCAAAGAUGGCAUGCCAAACCAGAUUCUGUGUCCAAGUCACACAAUGUGAUAUACAAAGCUCCCUGUGGAAGGAGUCUGAGAAAUUUUCAAGAUGUUCAGAAUUAUUUGUUUCAGACAGAGUGCACUUACUUAUAUUUAGAUCACUUUUCUUUCAAUACCUAUGUACAGGUGUUUAGAAACCAUCCUAGUUGCCAGCCCUUUGUGUUUGAUUUUGAUAUCAGCAACGGGGCAGAGACAAUACCAGUUUCUUUCUGUAAUGACCUAGACCACGAUCGACUCCCUUCCUUUAAAUAUCGGAAGGUCUCAUGGCCUCAUGGAUACUUCUUGAACAAUUUCUCCAGCCUGUUUUUGGACUCUUGCAGUUGCACAGAUGGCUGCACAGACAGGACAAAAUGUGCAUGUCUGCUUCUUACUGAAAGAAACUGCCAUGAAGCUUCUGUGUCUUCAGGAGAAGAAGCAUCUAAUGGAUAUAAUUAUAAAAGACUCGAUGGACCUGUGCCCAGUGGAAUUUAUGAAUGCAGCGUGUUAUGCAGCUGUGACAAGAUGAUGUGCCAGAACAGAUUAGUGCAGCACGGUCUUCAGGUUCGGCUGCAGGUCUUCAAAACUGAAAAGAAGGGCUGGGGAGUCCGUUGCCUUGAUGACAUUGACAAAGGAACUUUUGUUUGUACAUACGCAGGCAAACUGAUGAGCAAAGAUGAAUCUAGGCAACCUAAAGAUAAAGGUGGUGAGGUUAAAGAGGAAGAUACAGGGAAUGGUGACAGAAGCCACACUUUAUUUAAAAAAAGGAUAAAACUGGAUAUGCUCUAUUCUGAUUCAGAGACUGAAGUUCUCCAAACCACUAGAAAGCAAAAAUCUUUGCCCGUAAAAGGUGAAGAUCAGCAAAGUGUAAUUCAGUGUUGUCAAAGCUACAACUGUAACAGUACUCAGACUUACGAAGCUGUCACAAGACCGAAAACUCGAACACCUGUUCUUCAGAAACAUCGGCAGCAACUAGGAAUUGCUGAUGCCAGUUCAGAUGAUGAUGAUGGACGUUCUGUGUGCCAGAAAUCAGCAAGAAGUAAACUAACUGCUGCAGCCAAGAAAGGAGAUGAAAAAUCAAGUCUACAAGAAGAGCUUGGUGAAAUAGUGAGCCCCGUACAGUCCGAAGGGAGUGCCCUAAAGUGCCCUAAAGAGAAUCCUCUUUUCAUCACCACUUUGAGCAGUAAGCCAGCUGUGCAAGAUGACAGAGAGAUUAAAAAGAAAAGGAAGGACCUAUUCUGGACUCAAGACACACACAAGAAAAGUUUCAAGAGAGGGAGAAGAGAAUCUGCUCAUGAGAAGCAAGCAACGGAAGAUAGCAAAGCAUUCCUAAAGAAUAAGGAGAUCCCAUGUUUGCUGGAUGCAACCAAGGAAGGCAAUGUGGGCAGAUUUCUUAAUCACAGCUGCUCCCCUAAUCUCUUUGUACAGAGUGUAUUUGUAGAGACCCACAACAGAAAUUUCCAGUGGGUGGCAUUCUUCACAAACAGGCAUGUAAAGGCUGGAACAGAACUCACAUGGGAUUAUGGCUAUGAAGCUGGAAGCAUGCCUGAGACAGAGACUACUUGUCAGUGUGGCGCUCAUAACUGCAGGAAAAAAAUAUUAUGCACUGGGCUGCACAGCCUUGCAGGGUGUCUGCUGAAGGAGGAUCGGCGUAAGAUCCACCAAUACUUACUUUAUGAGAUAAAGGAAUACGGAGCAUGGCGUUAUUUGCCAAUCUGUGUGGGAAAAGGCAUUCUGCACCCCCAAUACUCGCGGCUCAAGCCUUUGGGCUGGAAAGGGCUGAAAUCGGGCUGGAACGGGCGUUUCACUGCCCGCCAUGCAGCCGUGAAGCAGCGCCCCUCUCGCGUCCUUGGCCUCGGCGUGUCGGGGAGCCGGCAGUCUCGGCGGAAAGGCUUGCGGCUCCUCUCUUCGGCUUGUUCGCCUUCCCGCGAAGGCUUGAGGCCGCGAAGCAGCUCACACAGUGCCAAGCCCACCGCGCUGCGAUCUUCCCUCCGGGGUUACCUCGGCGUGUUUGCCUCGCCACGUGACUUUGCUAAGCUAAUUUGGAUAAUGGCAAAGAUGGUAAGAAGACAAUGUGCAUUUUGCCCAGAUGGUGAAGAAUGUGCCAUUAUGUAUGUGGCUGAAGGACAGAACCUUGCAGUUCAUCAAGAUUGUUUGCUAUAUUCCUCCGGAUUUGUGGAAUCUGAAGAACAUAACCCUGAGAAUCUCGAUAUAAGGUUUGAUGUGGCUUCAGUAACGAGUGAGAUAAAAAGAGGAAAGAGGCUGAUAUGCAAUUUCUGUCGCAAGAAAGGAGCUACUGUUGGCUGUGAGAUAAAAACCUGUCGCAGAAGUUACCAUUAUUUCUGUGCUUUGUGUGAUGAUGCUGCAAUAGAAACAAAUGAAAUUCAAGGCAUUUACCGAAUGUUCUGUCCAAACCAUGACCCAGUCAAGAAGACAAGCUUUUAUGAUGAGGACAGCAAGAAGGGACGGCCCCCAAUCCUAAUGAACUCUUCCUGCAGUAGAAAAAAAAUGAAUGAUAAUGAAACAGUUGCAGAAGAGAGCCUACAACAGGUCCUUAGGAGAAAAAAUGACCAGCAGAAAGUAAGGAUAGACUUUUUAAGGAAGUGCAAGGAGGCUGGGCUUCUUGAUGAAAUCUUUGAGGAAAUGUUAGACACUCUUCACCUUGCGCAGGAAAAGCUGAUGGAUGACAACACUCCUGAAGCAGAAUAUGAAGAAACAGUAAUGUCACUCUUUGAUUGUGGCCUUUUUGAAAAUAUACUUGCAACGGCUCACUCUGGAGCUGAAGAAAAAAUUCAGCAGCUACUGCACACACGGGAAAGUCUGGAUACUCAGAUUGAGCUUCUGAAAGAUUUGAAGGAAGUAGUACUACCUGCCCCAGAAGACACAGCUAGUGUAUCUAAUAGUAUCUCUGGACAACCUGCAUCUUUCUGUAAUACUUGAUCAUGAUUUCUCCUAUCUGGUUCUUGCAUAAAAUCAACUUUCCAGUUAGAUAAGUCUGCUUGCCCUUAUAUAUCACAUUUGUUAUAACUGCUCUUUUCCACUAAUCAUGACUGUGAGACACUUUUGUUCCAGCAAAGACAUUUUUUCCUUUUGGUUUUGAUAGUCAAAUUCUUUUUUUGUCUAUUGCCAAUUCAUUUAUGUGAUUAUUUGGAAAGGCAAGGGAAAGCCUGUGUCCUUAUGAUAAUAGCAAUCUCCAAGAUCAUGGCUGUAUCGUCGUCUUUCUCAUCUAUUCCGGUAGAGGGAGAAUCAGAUGUAUUUACCACAUGUUCUUUGCAACUGAGUCUCUAGAACCAGGGCAGCUCUCCACUUCUUGUUUGAUUCUCCACUCCAAUCAGCCCCAGCCAGCAGGGCCAGGAGGCAUCCGGGAUGGGAUGGAGAACCAAAGGUCAGCCACUCUACUCUCACAGGAAAGGAUUGCACUGUGGUGCUAUAAUAGUUGUCACUACACAUACUUUUUAAAUCAAUGGAAAUAUCUUCUAUUUGUUCCUUCAAGGCCACAAUUGGGACUGAAAUUAAACACCCUAGUUUCACUUUCCAAAGAGAAAGUCCUACUUGCAGUUUUACAGAAUAGAUCCUGUCUGUAAAAUGACCCUGGGCUUGCAGGAGGAGCCCAAACCUUAGAUGUUUCAGAUACCUCAGGAGGGCUUAAUGUUAAAAUGUUUCAGAGAAUCAGUUUCUUAGAAUAAUAGGUAGUUGUGUGUGUGUGUGUGUAAAGAAUAUUUGCAAUUGUUUGAUUAUAGAAUUGUAAAUAAUCAUUUAAUAAAAGUGGGGUUUUUUUUAACAAAGUACAGCGAUUUAAAUCUGUGUUUUCUACCUUCAACUACUGUCUAUAGAGGAGGCUUUAGGGUGUCACAGGAUGCUUCCCAUUUCAGAAACAUGGUCUGCUAACUUUCAAUAAGGGAUUGAGGGAGGGGGGAGAUAGGACAAGGCAAAAUCCAGCCCUCUCAUCCCUCCCACCUUGCCAUCUAAGUGCUUUCAAAACAUAAAUCACACCAGUCAUCUGUCUGGCGGAUGUAUACAUUCAAGCAGCCAAAAUACACAGGACUGAGAUUGUGAAUGUGGAAACUUUUAACAAACUGAUGAUGCAAGUAGCUGGUUGAAGUUUCUGAUGCAAAUUGUGAGGGGAAUUAAUAAUAUUUUCCAUUGCAGUUUUUGUCCCAUUAGUGAAAAUAUAUGUUGAUGGGGUGGCACUAAGAAUCAACUGCAGCUUGGAGAUGUGCACUGCAGCACUGAGGAGAAACACCAGAUAUGUUUUUAUAGGCCAGCUUCAAACAAGGAGGGUUGUGGGUUUUUAUAAUUUAGUCUUUAGAAGUUAUACUUCAGAAUUUGCACUGCUAAUACAGACAUAAAAGUUGCUGUGUAUUUUGUGUGUGAGAGAGAUCUCUGUUAGACUCUACCUGAAUCCUAGCAGAUGCACCAAAAGCUGUAUCUUCAUUGUGGCUGCU